CCCGAGAUGGCCCGAGCCUGGGGAGGUGUUGGCUUGGGUGCGCGGGUGCACUCCAUGCUCCGUAGCGUGCAUCAACGUGGAUAGGCGCGCAUAGCAUCAUUCAUACAAAAUAGGGUCAUCCAGUAUUUUUCGAAACAAAUGAGCGAUGCAACCGGUAGAAAUGCAUCGUCUGCCGCAGCUGUUAAACGAGCUGCCCGAGCAGAGGCUCAGCGCCGCCGCCGUCAGAAUCCUGAGGUGCGCGCCGCCGAAGCAGAAGCUAAGCGCCGUCGCCGAGAUGCUAUGCGAGCCGCCGAAGCAGAAGCUUAUCGCCGCCGCACUCAAGAGGACCCUGCAUUCCGAGCCGCCAAAGCAGAAGCUCAACGCCGCCGACGUCAGAAUCCAGAGGUGCGCGCCGCCGAAGCAGAAGCUAAGCGUCGUCGCCGAGAUGACCCGGAAGUGCGCGCCGCCGAAGCAGAAGCUUAUCGCCGCCGCCGCCAAGAGAACCCCGCAGUUCGCGUCGCGAAAACAGAGGCUCAGCGCCGCCGACGUCAGAAUCCAAAGGUGCGCGCUGCUGAAGCUGAAGCCAGACGCAAAACAAGGCUGGCAAAGCGACAGAGUGCAACAAAAACGUUCAAGCGGCGGUCUAGAGGCAAUCGGUUUAUGACGGGGUGUUCAGCGUGUGAUGGGCUCUGGCUCCGAAGUGACCUGAAACCGCUACCGGAUAGUUGCCUUGAGACGCUACAGCGGGCAUUUCCCAACUUGGACCUGGGCCGAUUCAGGCUGUGUUCGACGUGCAUGCUAUCAGUGCAAAAGGGUGAUAUUCCUUUAUCUUCCCGCAACCAACGGUUACAAAUAUCCCCCAAAGCCAUCGCACCACCCACAACGCAAUGCGAGGCCAGUCCAGGAGAAUUGGGGCAAAAGGACAAGAGUGAACAGCGACAGUCCCUGGGGCAAUGGGUUGUCACCGAGGACUGCUCAUGGCGAAGGACGCAGGCAACGCAGUGCAAAUCCUAUGCUGAUCAAGUGCCUACAUUGGGCAAUCAGACAGCUGGACGUGUGUUAGUGGAAACAAGCGCCCAAACUGCCAUGGUCUUCCCAUGUGCCAUCCCUGCGCAGACAAGGCCAACGCAUCUACAGCAGAAGAAGCUGCUGGCUACAGUCUCAACCAAUCCCAAGAUGCCACUACCCAGACUGAAACCUGGUGGCAUGCCAGGAAACCUCUUGGCUAUGGCAGCUGCACCUGUGAUGAAAAAACAGACUGCUGAGUUGCCAAAUGUUAAGGCUAUAGUUUGCCUGGCCAACUCCAAGUCACCCCAGGGGGGACCCAUGUGUGCCAUUGGUGGUGCAAACUUGAACCAUUCCAUACUUCCGAUUGUACCUCCGAUCAUGUCUGCCACACCUUGCAACUUCAAGGCUAAAUUGUCGCAAUCUGAACUGCUUUCUUUAUCGACGGAUGCAAGCUCUCGACUUCACAACCUGCCAAGUGGACCAGCGAUUGUAUUCAGCUCCCUCACCCACACUGGGACAGGCAUUGCACACCAGACUAAACUGCUGUGUUCACCAAGUGGUGCGAGUUCCCGUGAUAUCCAGCUUUCUAGUGUGCCUGUCGCUCUACCGAACACUCCUCUCAGCUCCGAGACAUCCCAACCCUUAGUGUUGUGUUUCUCGCAGGACUCAAGCUCAAGUUACCCCCAUCAGCCUCUGAGUGAAACCAAAGUGGUGCAAGCCACUCUCCACCACGCCAAGACGCAGUUAUCCCAGUCCAGACUGUUGUGUUUGUCAAGCAACUCCCUGCUUCCAAGCAUGCCCACACUUCCACUCACAACCCUGCGCCAAGCUGAGGCACCGCAUCUUGCCAGAGCAGAAAACUGUGUUACUUUAAUAACUGUGCCAGUGAUGCAAGUAUGUACUACUGAGAGUCCAAGUUUCGCACGUUCCCAGGAGAAUGCGCAUACUAGCGCCAACGACCAUCUUGAACCACACUUGUUAUCAGCAGACACCCAGCUGGAGCAAGAAAGGCACAGAAAGGCAACACUGUGCAAGUCGUGGGUUGAUCAAGUGCGUACAUUGGGCAGUCAGACAGAGACUGGGCAUGUGAUGGUGGAAACGAGCACCCAAACUGCCAUGGUCCUUCCACGUACCAUCCCUGUGCAGACUAGACCAACGAAAUUAAGGAGCCAAGGUACAAACACGGUCCCUGAAUGAUGAGCUGAAAGAGGAAUAAUUGUCCACUUGGUGCUGAAAUGACAAGGAUGUCGAAGAGGCUCGACUGGAGGGAAGCAAGCCACCAUCAAGCUAGAAGCUGCUGGGGUAUACUAAGGAACACCUUGCUUAACGUCAACCGCGUGGGAGCAGCUGUUUGCUAGUGAUACCAAACGCUGCAUCAUGAAGGUAGUGCAUGAAGAGUGCAUGUGAGCAAGCUUCAGCGGUACAUUAUUCUCAACAGUGUUCGAUGAGUACUGUAAUGACAUGUGCAACUUGUCACUUUCUUGUUUGUUGAUUGAACGUGCAAACCCUCCAAAUAUUAAAAAAAAUUGUUACCAUCAA